AUGACAUGCAUCAAUUCUGGAAUAGAAGUCGACAUCACUGGCCAAGUGGCGUCCGAUUCGAUUGGAACAACAUUCUACUCAGGAUUCGGUGGUCAAACGGACUUCAUGUCAGCAUCUGCAACUUCCUAUGAUGGUUUGGGAAAGGGUAUCAUUGCAAUCUCUUCCAGAACAGCGAAAGGACAAUCCAAAAUAGUGACCACCCUCAGUGAAGGUGCAGGUGUAGUAACCACUCGAGGGCACACUCGAUAUGUGGUUACGGAAUACGGUAUAGCGAACCUUGGCGGGAAGACUGUUCGCCAGAGGGCAUACGAGCUGAUCAAGAUAGCUCAUCCAGAUGAUCGGGAUCGUCUCGAACGGGAAGCUUUUGAAAGGCUCAAGUGCAUGCCGUCAGCUUAG